AUGGGAGAUCAAACUACGUACAUUACAGAAGGUGCAGAGGUGUAUCACAGCUUUCUGAUUUCUGGUAUGUUCAACGUGUCUGUGGAGGUCUGGAACCGAGUGGGAAACCUUAGCGCAAGCACCAGCAUCUUGGUGCUUCCCGAACCACAAUCUGUUAGGAUUCACACAGAGAAACAAGCUUACACUACUGGUGCCAUCAUCACAUUCCUGGCCGUGUCUGAGGAGCCAGAUCCCUUGGAGUUCCUGUGGCAUUUUGGGGAAGGGCCACCACAAAGGACAACCUCCAGGUCCAUCAAAAAAAGAUACCACUUUCCUGGAAGAUACAACGUUGUCGUCAGUGCAUCCAACGGGCGGAACUCCUUCACUUCUAACAUCCAUCCCAUCGUGAUCCAAAGGAAGGUCCAACCCAACAGGCUUCUGUUCAGUGCUUCGGUGCUCCUGAACACCACUGUGACUUUUGACUGUAGGAUAAAUUCAGGAACCAAUGUCACCUACACCUGGAGCUUUGGGGAUGGCACCUGGAAAACAGGAAGGAAUACUGAGCACCAUGUCUAUGAGAGAGUGGGUGAGUUCACGGUGGAAGUGACGGUGUCAAACCUGGUGAGCUCUGCUUCCCUGAGGAGGCAGAUUUUUGUGGUCAGUCAGCCAUGCCAGCCUCCUCCAGUGAAGAACAUGGGUCCCGUCAGAAUUCAGCUAAGGCGAUACCAGACCAUGCAGCUGGGGGUGACCUAUGAGGGGGAUAUCCACUGCAACAUCUCCCAAGACCUCCUCUACACAUGGGCCUUAUAUGAGUCCACUGGAGCCCCAGUGCAGCUUCCUGUGAUAGAAACACAUCAGCAAAGUAUCCGGCUGCCCAGCCAUUUCCUGCAUUAUGGCAUAUACAUUGCCACAGCCAGGAUCCAAAUCAAAGACACUGUUGUUUAUAAUAACUAUACUGUCCAUGUUGAAGUGGUUCCCAGUCCUCCUGUCAGCCUCAUCUUUGGAGGCACAAAUAUCUUCAUCAGCACCCACAACGACACUGUCUUGAUUUUAAAUGGACAAGGGUCAUAUGAUCCUGACUACCCUGAGAAUAUCCUGAGCUACCAGUGGGCCUGUAAGCCCAUUAGUAACAUUCACAGCACCUGCUUUGAUGGAGACUUUCCCGCAUCCAGCCCUCUUCUUGUCUUCCCAUCCGGCAUCCUCAAGCCCAAUUUUGACCAGUUCAGGUUCACACUCACAGUGAGGAGUGGGGAUCGCUCUUCUUCAUCAGAAGUCUUUGUUACUAUUACAGCUGAUUUGAAGAGGAAGGUACACGUUUAUUGCAACCAUUGCCAGGGCACCUUGGUGAACUGGAAUGAACAGUUCUCUGUAACAGCCCUCUGUGAAAACUGUGAAAUGUCUCCUGGAAACAUCUUCUACACCUGGACAUUCCACUUGGUCAAUGCUUCCAGCAAAGUCAUCACUGAGAGAGACUUCAAGAUCCCCCUUCCUCCAUAUUCCAUCUCCGAAUUCCCAGUGUCUGAAGAUGGCAGUGUCCUUUAUGAUGACCCUUUCAUCGACUUCCCUGCUGAAUUCCCUGUUGACUCUGCUCUUCCCGCUGCCUUUGAGAGUGGCUCUUCUAGCGGACACUCAGAGGCCCCCUUUGCUGGGAGUGACUUGGGCUCUGAAGGCAGCGGAACAAGGACAGAAGCAGAGACGUCCAGAUUCAACUACAGUGAUUGGGGUUUUUUCACUGAGAUUGAAGAGGCUGCCACUGGCAUCUCUCGAGAUAUUGAACAAGACAGUAGGAGCAAAGAUUUCUUGGGCUCCAGAGAUACAGAAGGGAACAACCUGAUGGACUCCAGCAACCCAUACCUUGCUGCACCUGAGAGGACCCUGCUUGACCUGGAAAGGCACCAGAUCAGCCCUGCCGAGUUCCAUACCUACACAACCACAGGGAUAACAUCCAACAUCAUCACAUUUAAGCCAUUUGUGUUGAAACCGAAGAGUCUAUACAUGCUGGAGGUUUCUGCAAGUACCCAGGAAACCAUGUUGGGAAAGACACAGUUUUUCUUCUCCACCAGUGAUGUCCCACAGGGAAUGGCCUGCCAGGUCCAGCCCAGCAGGGGUUAUGAGAUCCAUACAGACUUCAGCAUCUUUUGUACCUCAGGGCAAGCGGACCUCCAUUAUGAGUAUAGCUAUAGCACAGGCAGCACCCCAAGGAGGGUACUUUACCGAGGUCGAGACUUCCAGCACUAUUUCAACCUUCCAUCCGGUGAGCCACAGAACAGCUACAAAGUUACAAUCUAUACUCAAGUGCGGAACCAGUUUGGAGCCGCAACAAGGCCAUGUCCAGUGACUGUGGAGGUCCUGCCCAGCUACCGGAAAAAUCUGUCCUCUGCUUACAGCCCAGAGAAGAAACUUUACUUGGAUGGGCUGGAGAGUCUUGCAAAGUUGACUCAAAAGGGAAAUGGCAUGGAAGUCCGGAACCACAUCUUCUUGCUUACCAAUGUACUGAAUCGCCUGAGUCAAGAGCCUUCAGCCUUCCAAGAGCUACAGACCACGACUCGUAGUGUCCUCAUCUCUGUAGUUUGUGAGCAGGCAAUGCCUGACCAGUUCCGUGAGCAAAGUGCUCAAGACACCCGUUUCCUGGAUGAGCUGACAGUGCGUGCACUGGUUUCUCUGUUGUCCCUGACCCUGGAGGCCUUGGUGAAGAUUUCUAAGGGAAGUACCCAGCUGAUGAGCACCCAGCUGACCUCGGAUGUCAUCCACACCAUCAGUGACCUACUGCUGAAGCAUGUCUUAUUCAGCCAAACCUCACAGUACAGUUUAAGCACCAGCCUGAUGGAUCUGAGGACGUUUCUGCUGCAUGGGAGCUUCCAGAAAACUGUCAAGAAUGUUGGCUUGACCAAGUUCUACCUGCCGGAUGGCCUGGAUACGUGCAUCCAUGGGCAUGAUAUGGACAGUCCUAAUUACACUGACUGCUGCAUUGUCAGUCAGCUGACGUUUUUCAGACAGAAUCCUUAUUUCUGGGACAAAGCUGAUGUCCAGAUCCAUGGACACGUAGCUGACCUGACACUUUACAACUGCAGCACAAAAACAGAAAUCAAAGUCCGCCAUCUUUCUGCUCCUGUCACCAUUGAGUUCCCACAGAAACACCAAAACAGGAGUGGAGCUUCGCAGUUCUGUCUGCAACGCAGUCACAUGAAUGUACACCAGUUCAACGUCACCCCUGAGAACCUACAGGAAGUGCUGCUGAUCACCGUCCGCUUCAUCAGGCCGACCAAUCGGACGUUUCCCAUCAUGAUCCUUCUCAGGAAUUUUGAGAGACCAACUCCAGCCUUGUACAAUAGCAUGAAAAUCCAUCACUGGGAAAGAGACACAGUCUUUAUAUUCUUACCACUCUCUUCUCUGAAUGACCCCAGCAGAAUUUACCUGGCCCUCCUCAAUGCAGACUACAACCGGACCCACGGGAAUAAAUAUAUUGCCAGUUCAGUGAACUACACCGUAAUGAUCGAAUGCAUCCAGUGUCUCUUCUGGGAUGGAGCUGGAGAGUGGAAAGCAGACGGAUGCAUUCCUAUGCAAGGGCAGUCCUCCGGUGUCGUCAAGUGCAGCUGCAACCAUCUGACAACAUUUACGGUAGCAUACCGGGAAAUUCAAAGCCACCUGGAGUUCAUCUGCGUGUCUCGGUUUGUGAGCCUCCCCGGAAACCUGACGCUGUGCAGUGCUGCACUCAUCUCCCUGGUCACCUACCUCCUAGCUGCGAUCAUCUGCAAGGGGGCCGAUUCUUAUUGUGGGGAGCGGAGGGGUUCCGUCCAAAUACCAGACAACAGCCCGUCUGACAGACAGCUGUAUGCCGUCACAGUCGACACGGGCUUCCGCUCCAGGGACACUAUGACAGCCAAGGUGUAUAUUGUUCUGCACGGGGAGGACAGAGUCUCCCAGACCAGGGAGCUUCACGUCUCCGAUCAACUGCUGUUUACGCGCAACUCCAGACACACUUUCAUCAUAAGCACCCCAGAGAGCCUGGGGCCCAUCUGGAAGGUGCACCUGUGGCAUGACAAUAGAGGUCGCUCUCCAAGCUGGUACGUGAGCCACGUGGCCAUCAGAGACCUUGUGACGGGAGCCGAACGCUUUUUCCCCGGGGAGUGCUGGCUGGCUGUGGACGAGGGUGACGGGAGGGUGGAGAAGGAGCUCAUCGCCCUCACGGGGCCUCUGGAAUUCAGAAAGGUCCUAUAUUCCAAGCUGACAGAGUACCUGGAGGACCUGCACUCUUGGGCAUCCGUGUACAGCCGCCCGUCGUACAGCCGCUUCACCCAUGCUCAGCGUCUCGGUGUGUGUCUGCUGCUGCUGCAGGGCUACAUGUGUGCCAACGCCACCCUCCUCUCUCUGCAGGACCAUGAGCUGGGAGUGGACCUGGGACCCUUGCACAUGUCCGCCGUCUCCCUGGUGAUGGGCAUCUUGAGCACUCUUGUGGUCCUCCCUGUGGGGGCACUGCUGUCCCUGCUGUUCCGCCUCAGCAAGACAGCCAGUAACAAGGAGUCAUCUGUAAUCCAUAAAAAGAGAGUUCUUGACAUCUCCUCUGUAGAAGCGCCGGUGCGUUCAGCUCACAGUGACGGAACUCUAGCGGACGACCCCGCUGUCCAGCCUCACCUCUCCUGGCAGCAUCUCCAGCAGUGGACACAAGGGGUGUGGAUGAAGAAAUAUGGGCAUGCAGUAGAGGAUUCCCGGUUGCCUUGGCAGGUCCCAGUGACCUAUGGUGACAAGGAGGAGGGGUGGUGUAACUGCUUGGAGAAAUCUAGAUGCUCGAGAGAUCACAGUGACCUGCAGAAGAACCACCAUGCGCAUGGCUGCCUUUCGAGGGAUCAGGACUACGGAAGCGGUGACAUUACCCUGCCGCCCUGGUGUCGCAGUGUGGCCUGGACUCUGUGCUUGACUCUGUCCCUAGUCUGUGCCAUCGUCUCUGCGGUCCUUGGAACGAAGUUUAGCGCCAGCGAGAGCCUGCUGUGGGCUCAGGCUCUGGGCUUCUCCCUGCUCCUGUGUGGCUUUGUGCUCCAGCCGGCGCUGAUUUUCAUCGGCGCCACCGUGGUGGCUGUACGGUACAGGAGGAGCUGCCACUUCCACACUGCCAGUCCUUACACUACUACGGCCACAGAGAUGCAGAAACAGCGAAGCCACAAUGGAGGGCGCAGUGUGCAGAAUGAGCCGCUGACCCUUUACCACGAUCCUCAAGAGCAGACCUUGGCGUUCACCAGGGUGCUGGCAGCCCGUCGGAGAGCCCGUUACCUGCGUCUGGCCCGUCCCCCGACUCCAGCAGAGCUGCGGCGGGUCCGAGGACACAUGCGGAAACGGCGGCUCAUUGACAGAACCCUCCGGGAGGCUGUGCUCUGUGGGACUGUGUUACUCCUGCUCCUGGCCAUCAGCGCUGGAAAACCCUCCGCAAACUAUUACCAGCUCAACCAGGCGAUCAAAUCUGAGCUUUUGCAGUCUGCAGCGGUGUCCAGAAUCCAGCGGUUGCAGGACGGCGAGUGGUUUGGCCAGAACACUAGAGCGGUCGCGAUCCAGUUCACCCUCUUCAACCCUCCCACUGGCCUGUUCACCGCCGUCUCCCUGCUGGUCGAGCAACCCAUUGUGGGAGGCCUGCUGCCGUCCACCAUCAUCCAGUCCACCAGGGUAUACCGGACCACCGGGACCCUUGACCGUGCAGUCAUUGCCUUCGAGUUUUAUUUCCAGUUGUGGGCUAUGAGUCAGCAGAGCUUCGGGGCCUACUGGGUUAAUGUUUGGAACUGGUUGGAGGUCACCAUCAUCGUCGUCAGCCUCUUUUACUACGUGUGCUGCGUGUACGAGCGCGAUGCAGCCGCUGACACCGUGGACCUCCUGCAGAAGCACAACUUCAAGGCUUUCGUGGAUCUGACAGCUGCCGUGCUCAUCAUGGCCUUCUCCCGCCUGGAGGACCUGCGCUUCCAUUCCACCUCCCACGCCCUCAGCGGCUUGGCGGGGUCUUUCCGGGGGAUCCUCGCUCGCUGCAUGAUGAUUGGAGCCAUCAGUUCGCUUUCGAAAGCUGCGAGGAAAGUUUCCAGAAGGGAGGACUUGGUGACGCUCUCUGAGGUGGCAGCUCACGUUCGAGGCAGGAUCCAUGAGUUCACUGGCAAACGCAAACCAACAAGGAGUGUAAACCACACCCUGGCGAAUAACUUCUACCUGGAGGAGUUUGAGGCGCUUGUGGAUGAGCUUCUCUUUCGGUUGGAUGCUGUCACGGACAGUCCGCACCACACGCUCCCCAGUGAAGCUCUGGGGUAUGAGGAGAGCGAGAGGUCCCUCACUCCCCGGUCGGACCGUACUGGCAGCCUGCUUUUUGAGGUGGGGAAACCUGGCUUUUUACAGACAUGUGCCAAUGGAAGGUCUACUGCUCAACUGGAGACUUUUCAGCAGAGGGAAAGCCCAAGAUUAGCCUUCCCAACAGCCUUUAAGGUCUCCAGUCCUCUACUGCAUUCAGAGGAGCUCAGAAUGGAGUCUAAGCCUUUGGACACAUUGCUUUCUGAUGGCAAAAAUAAGUCCUCUGGUCAGUGCAGACCGUGCAACCUGGCCCAGCUCGAGGGGGACCUGCCCCACAUCCUCUGUGGGUCGAGGUGUCCUGGGAAACGUGCUGCCAGCAAGCUGUGCACCAGGAACCAUGUAUCACACAAAGGCCCACAAACCAUCUCUGUCCAACCCAUGUGUGGAGCGAGGGGAGAUCUGGGGCAGGCAGGAGAAGCUGCUGACAGCUGCAAGUAG